AUGCCAAACAGUGAUCCAAGUUUAUGUUAUAAUUGUUCAUCCAUUUGUGAACACACUCAAACUUUCUCGAGCCGUGGUGUAGAUGUAGAUCGUUGUCUUAAUUUCAAAACCAAUUACAACAAAAAUUAUUACAACAAAAAGUAA